AGUCUGUUAUUCGCUCCUGUCAUUUUUUUACAACUAUUUUUUCUCUUCAUCAUCUGAAAGUCAUUUCUUUUCAAACUCGAUCGCCGGUAUUCUUUUCUGCUUGACAGCCUUCUCGUCUCGCUCCUUCUUUCACUCUCUCUCUCUCCCUACUUUAACACUACCAUCACAAUGUCCGCCGGUUCUGGUGAGUCUGCCCCGACCAACCUCGUGCGCCGCCGCGCGAAGGGAGAGGCGAACGAGGACGUCAACGCCGCCGCCGAUCGCUUUCGCGACCGCUUCGAGAAGGCCACUCUCGAGGAGCGCAAGGAGGCGACCACCACCAUGGUGAACGAGUACUAUGACCUCGUGACGGACUUUUACGAGUACGGCUGGGGGCAGAACUUCCACUUCGCCCCUCGCUACGCCGGCGAGACCUUCUUCGAGUCCAUCGCUCGCCACGAGCACUUCCUCGCCUCCCGCGGCGGAUUCGUGGAGGGCGACCACAUCGUCGACCUCGGUUGCGGGGUGGGCGGUCCGGCGCGUAACAUGGUCCGCCUCACGCGCUGCAGUGUCACGGGGGUGAACAACAACGAGUACCAGAUCAGCCGUGCUCGCCGCCACGACGCCCGCGCCGGCAUGAGUGGUAAGAUCGAUUACGCCAAGACGGACUUCUGUGAUAUGGGGUUCGCGGACAACACCUUUGACGGCGCCUACGCGAUUGAGGCGACGUGCCACGCCAAGGACAAGGUGAAGUGCUACAGCGAGAUCUGCCGCGUGAUCAAACCUGGCACGUGCUUCGUUGUGUACGAGUGGUGCAUGACGGACAAGUACAACCCGGACGACGCCUACCACCGCCAGAUCAAGCACCGCAUCGAGCUGGGCGACGGUCUGCCGGAGAUGGAGACGUGCAAGCAGGUGGUGGAGUACAUGAAGAAGGCCGGCUUCGAGGUGGAGGAGGCCUUCGACGUUAUUGUGCAGUUCGAGUCCAGCCCGAUCAAGAAUAUCGCGUGGUAUCAACCGUUGACGGGGAACUACACGACUCUGAAGGGUCUGCGCGCGACCCCUAUCGGCCGUCUUUUCACGAACAUCAUGUGUCGCGUUCUCGAACUUUUCCAUCUGGCCCCCAAGGGCACCCACAAGGCGGCGGAGAUUCUGGAGGAGGCCGCGGACAGUCUCGCGAUUGGCGGCCAGAUGGGUAUUUUCACCCCUGCCUUCUUCAUCCGUGCGCGCAAGCCCGGAAAGAAAGCGUAA